UUGUAAAUUUUGUAUUUACACCCACCCAGUAAAUUCAAAACUUUUAAACCUACUUGGAUACAAUUUUCACUGUUCAUUUUUAUAUCAAGUCGUGUAUUUUAAACAUUUUAUAAGUAUAAGCAUUAUAUAUCAAUAUCAUAAUCAUUUUAGCAAGUUGUAUACCUUUUAUUUUAUAGAAUUUGAGCUCGGUAUAAAAUGAUGUUUAUUUAUUUUUCUUUAGUACAUUCCUACAUGUAAGAUAUUUCUUGCAUAAUGAAUGUGGUUAAAUUAACUAGGUAAUCUAAUAGAAAAACACCUUGUUUGGCAUGUCCCCUUUUUCGGUACUGUGUAAAUUUAGUUUUUUUAUUUAUCGUAAUAGAGUUUCUCACUUCCCCCGCUAACAAAAGAUGACACUAAUUGAGUAAUCCCACAUGUCCAUUUCAUAACCUUUGAUCUCCAAAUUUUGCCUUACAUUUGUUUAUUCGUGGGAUUAUCAAGGUGAUAGCUUGUUAGACGUUUUAGCCGAGAGCCAUUUAGUAUUCCUUUUCGAAACCCCUGAUUAUGUAAUUUUACUUACUCUUUCGGACAAAGACAUCGAAUUAAGAUAAGGUCACAUGUUAACAAUCCCUGAAUUCGAUUGGUCGUUUAAUCAAGCAGUCGGAAUUAGAAUUAGCGCUUGGGACCGCACAUCUUUCAUUCUAUUGCGGGUUUCCUAAAUAUAUGUAUCGACAACUCUAAUUCCGACUUGCGUUCUUCUAUUAUUCAGGUAUGUUUAAGUUUUGUUUUAUUAGGUUUUUUUAACUAGAACUAGAGUUUUAACAAGCCCUUAUCUAUUUCCUUUGGUUCAAUAUAAUUCCUUUUUAAUGUAUUUCAACUUUGCUCUUGAUAGCAAAGUUGAUAAUUGUUUAGCCGUUUUUUUUUGUAUAGAAAUGAUAUUCUUGGUAAUGGCGGUCAUUUUAAUGAAUAGCGUUGUAGUUUAUUAGUUUUAGACUAGUUUAGGUUUUGUAUGUAAUUCUUUUGAUUUCUAAUUGAUCCUUAAUGUAAUUUCCAAUUUGGCAUUUGAAUUUGGCGCGUAUUCUAAAUUUAGUCUAACUCUUUAACUCCGGAAGUUAAUAAAGUUAAUUUGUUUACUUUCACAUUCGGUUAGUUUAGUGGUAAAGUUUUAAAACGUGGAUAUUUACAUCACAAUGUAUGCGGAUCAGUUAGGAAUCUUUGUUCAAUACGGACUCUGUCAUAGUAUAUGUGUCCAUGUCCGGAACGAGUAGUUUUAGAUUUAUUUGUUUCUUUUAUCAUUAUACGUUUAGAUAUUUUUAUAUUGGGCACUCGAUGAAAUGAUAUUCCAUUUAUACAUAUAACGAUCUGAAUUGAAAACCAUUACAGUUAUCGAUUGUAGUUAUUUUUCAAAUAUUUUGAGACACUAAAACAAGUGUUAUUCAUUUAUAUGAUAUGUCUCAUGUUCAAAUUUGUUAUAUGUAUGUUACGUAAUUGUUCAUAACAUUUGUAUUCAUUCUAUUGCGGGUUUCCUAAAUAUAUGUAUCGACAACUCUAAUUCCGACUUGCGUUCUUCUAUUAUUCAGUGCACAAAGACUUCCUGUCCCUUGCACAUCAAUCGCUAAUUCCCCACUUAGCGAAUUCACAGCUUGAACAAAAGCUAUUCCCCUAAGAGUUGAACAACUCCCAUCACAACAUAAAUUCAUUUUAACUUACUGGUGGAGAGUCUACAAGACACCGGAACCUCAACCUCCAUGAGACCUGAUAAUCAUACAGGAGUUCAGACAAGGGCCAUGUCAGAACAGAAUGGUAUGGCAUCUUCGCAAACUACUGGAGGAUCCAGCACGUCAACGGCAACAACUUCAACAGGUGCCUCAGCCAGCAUAAAUACAGCAACUACAGGGACGCAGAUGUCCACAGGACAAAGAACAGCCCCACCUGCACCACCUGCCUCACAAGCAACUGCAGCAGUAACCGCCAUGCCGCCCAAAGUCUCUGUCCAUUUGGCGCCAUACAAUGGAGUGUCUUCAGUGGUGCAGUGGUGGAUGAACUUUAUUUCGUACAUCCAACUGUACCAGAUGACCAAUGACCAGGCGCUUAAUAUUUUGCCUUUUUAUUUUACAGAACCAGUCAAGCACUGGUUUUACCAGCUCCAGUUGACGACAAGAGCCUCCUUAACAAAUUUUAAGCAAGCAUUCUUUGCUAGAUACAGGAAAACAGAAGAAGACCUUGACCUUGAUGAGAUCAAACAAGGUAUUGAUGAAGACCUAGAUUCGUAUAUUUUUCGAUUUCAGCAGGCAGCAUCCGAUCUGACCAUCACUGAGGCGGAACUAACCAAAAAGGCUGUCAAGGGACUACGGCAAGCACUUCGGGGCCAUGUCUACAUGCGAAAACCAAAGACAAUGGAGGACCUACGUCAGGAAGCAAGGCUGGUGGAACGUGGUAUCAGCAUGUCCAACCCGAUGGGAGAAGACAUCACGGCCACCAUCCAAGCCUCUGUCAAUGCUGCUAUGGCCUCCAUGCAACAGCUGAUGACGCCUGUUGCAGCGGUGGAACCGAACCCCUCCAACCGAGUCCCCCACCGCCCACCCCAGCAAAAACAACAACAGCCUAUGAAUCUACAAGACAGCAGAGGAGAGAGAAAGAGAGUGUGCUUUGGAUGUGGUUCAUUAGCAGAUAGGUCAAACUGGUUGUUCUCCAUGAUGGUUAUCUUCUUGAUAUGCAUCCCCUUGACAUCAGCAUCAAUUUCGACUGACUCAAAAUUUGUUCAGAGGAUUAACUACGGCACUAUCUUCAAGGAAGAUGGCAAACUUAUUCUAUCCAAGGAAAGUUGGACUCACACUUUUCAAAUAAGGCUACCAGUUUUCUCAUCGGUUAAGGACAUUCCUACGUGCACGGGAAGUUCUUUUUGUCACCUAAUUAAUCAUACUAUGCAUUAUGUUCAUUCCUUGCAUAUGGAAACUAUGAUUCAUGUGAAUCACACUGUAAAGUCAAUUCACACCCUCAUUCCCCAAACUUCUUUUAGGGAAUUGAAACCAAGUCGCUAUACAAGAGCACUUUUACCAUUUGUUGGUUCUUUGUUUAGUGGUUUAUUUGGAACUGCUACUAUGAAUGAUGUAAAUAUUCUAGCCAGUCACAUCAACUCCCUCACCAAAGUCUCAAAUAACAUGGUUAAUACACUUCACCAGCAUGCAGCUCAUAUUUCUUCCUUUAUGAAGGUGAUGGAUCAGCGUACAACUAAUUUGAUGAGAGGUAUUCAAACUAACUAUCAACAAAUAACAAGACUAACAAACCUUUUUAAUACCACUUUUUCUGAAUUUCAGGACUCGUUUUCUAACAUUUCUACUAUUAUUGCAGAUCAAGUUCAUAAAAGUAGUUCAAUCAUAAAUUCUUUGACAAAUCUGCAAAAUGCAAUUGAAAGCUUAGUUCAAGGAAAAAUUACACCAUUUUUGAUUCAGGAAACAGUUUUGGCUCAAACUCUUCAGCAAAUUGAAAGAAAGUUAUCAAAAUCUUAUACUCAAUUCUUCUUAAUUAAGAAACAUCCAGCGCAAUAUUACAAAUCUUCUGAUUUUCUGUAUGUUAGACAAGGGUCAUCUCUUUUUAUCACCAUUAAAUUUCCAAUUUCCUCACACAGGUACCCAUUAAAACUUUAUAAAGUCAUUUCCUUGCCUGUCCCUAUUAACAGCACUUCAACUCAUGCAUCUCAACUUCUGGACACCCCAGACUAUUUCGCUGUCACUAGUUAUCAUCAUAAAUAUGCAACGUUUUCAAAUGCACAACUGUCUGAUUGCACCAGAAAUCCACCUUAUAUUAUUUGUUCCUCGAAUAUCCCUUUAACACCUGUAAAAGUCCCAAACUGCAUGAUGGCACUUUUCUCAAAUAACAAAAACCAAACUAAAAACUUGUGCAACUUUCGCUUUGUUCCUAGUAUUCUGAAGUCUGACAUGGUUGAACUAACAUCCACCUCCAUUUUAGUGUACAAUGUCAAAAAUCUGAAAAUUGAUUGUCAAGAUUACAAGAAAACCACAAGUGGUUGUAAAUUUUGCAUUUAUGAUCUGCCUUGUAAGUGUUCAUUGCUGUCAGAAAACCUUGUUUUUACACCAAAACUGGUAGAUUGUCAAAAACAUAUCAAAAAUGUAUCUAUUUCAUAUCCAAUCAAUUUAGCUCUGCUUCAAGAAUUUUUCAAUGAGUCAAGAUUGAUGUCAACUUUAGGAGAUACCCUGUAUCCAAAUCCCAUUGAAUCAAUUGUACCACAAUUUCAAAUCUAUAAUCACACCUUUUCAAAUGUUCUUGUUGAUGACAGAUCUUAUCAUUUAAGUCUUAAGAAAUUGGCAAAAGCUGCUAAAAAGGAUGCAGUAGCUUUUAAAUCUCUUACAGAACCACUUUUAAAUGGUGAUAUUGUUUUAGAUUCUGACUGGCUAGACACAAAAUCUGUGAUGUUGUAUGUUACAAUGAUCAUUGCUUGUUGUGCCAUUUUUGCUUGCAUCUUUUUAUUUUGCAAAAUCAGAAAGUUAGCAACUGCCCUUGUUGUUUUACAAAGAGUGGUCAACGUUAAUUCUGAUAAGUUACCAUCUUUCAUUUAUGAGAAUGUAGAUAAACAAUUAGAAGUAGAAGAUACUAUUAAUAACUCAUUUUUGUCAGAAUUUCAAUGGAUUCAUGGAUUCUCUGCAUUAGCCAUAUUAAUUUUUAUUAUUAUCAUAAUUAUUUUUGUAAUGAUUUUCUGUUCAAGAAAGAAACACAGAGAAACAACACUUUAUCUUGAGGUUACAUCUGGUGGCACAUGUGUUACUAUACCAGUGAUUCAUUUACCAUUGUGUCCUACUUAUUGGACAAUUACCAACCCCACAGUUAAGGAUAUUUCUCUCUCUUUUUGCAAAAUGAUUGUAAUCUGGGAAAACUUUGAAAUUACAAACAAAUUGACUUCAAAAACUAUUCAGGUUAAACAAUCUUUUAAUAUUUCUUUACUUCAAUAUUUCUCACUCAAAAACAUCCUUCAUCAACCUUUCUGUGCAUAUGUUUUGUUAGGCCAUCAAAGAAUGUUCACACCUCUUAAUUCCUUUCAUGAUAUUGAGAUAUAAAGCUGGUAAUUUGAUUAACCCCCCCCCCUUACCGUACAAAUUUUUUUUUCCCCUCUGUUUUAGAAUUUAAUAUUUUUUCUUAUUUUUACUCUUUUAUUCAACUUUGUCGCAAUACUUGCAUUUUUAUGUGAACUCUAUUUAUGAGUGAAAUACAAGGCUCCAUUUGAAUUUUUAAUUUUGUUUAAAUGCAAGUGUGUGUAUGUGUUAUUGACUCUUUAUUUAGUUAAAUUUCAGUAUAGGAGUCUCCAUUGGACAAGAUCGCGUCACAAUUCAAUGCUUAUCCAUCCGCGUCCUAAUGAGGAUGUUUUCGGUAUUCUCAAAGACUGUAUGUUCUAUUUGAAGUUAUCAGAGACUCUCACAUGAAAUAACGUUUGCGAUUUCAAAGGAUGAAUCAUCCACAAUAAUCCAACCAGUGAUCUUUUGUUCAUGGACAUUUAUUAUGGACUGUGGUGAUGCAUUUAAUGGACUGAAUCAUGGAUUUUCCAUUUUUGUACUCAUAAUUUUAUCCUUGUUCAUAUAACUGAUCAUAUUAGUGAGUUACAUGUACAGUACUUUGUAUAUAUGUUUAUUAGUUGUGUUUGAUGUUUAUGUGUGUGGAUAUUGGUUAAAACACUUACUUUUUAUGUCUUAUUUCUAUGUGUAUUACUCUAUUUUCAUUUUUCAGGCUUUAGGGUCUAAAGCCAAUUGGAGAAGGGUGGAGUUGUCAUGUUGUAAAUUUUGUAUUUACACCCACCCAGUAAAUUCAAAACUUUUAAACCUACUUGGAUACAAUUUUCACUGUUCAUUUUUAUAUCAAGUCGUGUAUUUUAAACAUUUUAUAAGUAUAAGCAUUAUAUAUCAAUAUCAUAAUCAUUUUAGCAAGUUGUAUACCUUUUAUUUUAUAGAAUUUGAGCUCGGUAUAAAAUGAUGUUUAUUUAUUUUUCUUUAGUACAUUCCUACAUGUAAGAUAUUUCUUGCAUAAUGAAUGUGGUUAAAUUAACUAGGUAAUCUAAUAGAAAAACACCUUGUUUGGCAUGUCCCCUUUUUCGGUACUGUGUAAAUUUAGUUUUUUUAUUUAUCGUAAUAGAGUUUCUCACUUCCCCCGCUAACAAAAGAUGACACUAAUUGAGUAAUCCCACAUGUCCAUUUCAUAACCUUUGAUCUCCAAAUUUUGCCUUACAUUUGUUUAUUCGUGGGAUUAUCAAGGUGAUAGCUUGUUAGACGUUUUAGCCGAGAGCCAUUUAGUAUUCCUUUUCGAAACCCCUGAUUAUGUAAUUUUACUUACUCUUUCGGACAAAGACAUCGAAUUAAGAUAAGGUCACAUGUUAACAAUCCCUGAAUUCGAUUGGUCGUUUAAUCAAGCAGUCGGAAUUAGAAUUAGCGCUUGGGACCGCACAUCUUUCAUUCUAUUGCGGGUUUACUAAAUAUAUGUAUCGACAACUCUAAUUCCGACUUGCGUUCUUCUAUUAUUCAGGUAUGUUUAAGUUUUGUUUUAUUAGGUUUUUUUAACUAGAACUAGAGUUUUAACAAGCCCUUAUCUAUUUCCUUUGGUUCAAUAUAAUUCCUUUUUAAUGUAUUUCAACUUUGCUCUUGAUAGCAAAGUUGAUAAUUGUUUAGCCGUUUUUUUUUGUAUAGAAAUGAUAUUCUUGGUAAUGGCGGUCAUUUUAAUGAAUAGCGUUGUAGUUUAUUAGUUUUAGACUAGUUUAGGUUUUGUAUGUAAUUCUUUUGAUUUCUAAUUGAUCCUUAAUGUAAUUUCCAAUUUGGCAUUUGAAUUUGGCGCGUAUUCUAAAUUUAGUCUAACUCUUUAACUCCGGAAGUUAAUAAAGUUAAUUUGUUUACUUUCACAUUCGGUUAGUUUAGUGGUAAAGUUUUAAAACGUGGAUAUUUACAUCACAAUGUAUGCGGAUCAGUUAGGAAUCUUUGUUCAAUACGGACUCUGUCAUAGUAUAUGUGUCCAUGUCCGGAACGAGUAGUUUUAGAUUUAUUUGUUUCUUUUAUCAUUAUACGUUUAGAUAUUUUUAUAUUGGGCACUCGAUGAAAUGAUAUUCCAUUUAUACAUAUAACGAUCUGAAUUGAAAACCAUUACAGUUAUCGAUUGUAGUUAUUUUUCAAAUAUUUUGAGACACUAAAACAAGUGUUAUUCAUUUAUAUGAUA